AUGGCCGUUCAGUGGGACACGGGACGAGCGAAGGCCCAGCUACGGCUUACGGCCCAGCGGUUGGGGCAGCUGCAAGACCGGAUGGACUCCCAAGCGCAGAUCACACAAAGAGAUGUCGCGACCCUCCUACAACAGGGGAACAUUGCACUGGCACGGGCGAAGGCACAAAAGCUGAUGAAGGAGGACGUCAAGAGCGAUCUGCUACAGACUCUGGAGAUGCACGUUGGCGUCAUUCUGGGACACCUGAACGAGCUGGAGCGGAGUGACACGCCGAGUCCUAUCAUGACAGAGGCUGCUUCAAGUAUCAUUUAUGCUGGCCUGCAGAUUGAGUCGAAAGACCUCCAUAAUGUCCGGGAAUUCCUUAUGCAGGCGCUGGGACCUGACUUCACUCGUUCCGCAAUUACGAACCAGGAUAACCACGUGUCGUCGAGAGUGCUCCGAGCGGUCAAUGCUCCUCCACCGACCGCGGCGAGGCUGGACGCGUACCUAUAUGGGAUAGCGCGCACAUACAACGUUCAAUGGCUUCCCGACCUAUCUCCGGAACAGAAGGUGAAUGCUCUGUCCCCCAUCGUGGACCCGGAGAUUGUCAACGAGGUGGACCUUGCCAAUCUCCGUCGACUAUGCGCUCAUGGCCUUCCGUCACACCCACCUUGGUUGCGUCCCCGGGUUUGGCGGCUGCUUCUUGGUACACUGCCUGUGGACAAGGCUGCAUGGCGGAAGGAGUCUCGUACGCAGAGGGACAACUACUACGAUCUUGUCCGGAGAUUGCUUGAGCCGCUAUCAUCCUUGCCGGACCCAAUAGAUCCGCUCUCGUCCACUGAUCAAGCCAUACUGGAUGUCUUCAACGAACUUUCCAUGGUUCCGCCUAGCUUGCUGGCUACCCUGGAAGAAGAGUCUGAGCCUUGUCCGCAAUGCCCCCUAGACGAGGAUGCGCUAGAAGAUAUCAAAAUCGCCUGCGCAGGCCACUUGGACGCUCGCCUGCGCGUCAUUCGCGCGAAGGAGGCGGAGGAUUCGACAGAACCGUCCUCCAAUGGCACCCCCGAAAUCCGCCUAGACACUACUCCCGAAAUCCGGCUCGACGCGACUCCGGAGGUUCGACUGGAAGAGCCUUCACCGACCAAGACGGAGGCGCAGGAACACGCGGUCGACGAUACGCUGUCUGUGCCGGACUCAGAGCACUCUGGCGUUUCGACGACCCUCCUCCCGUCGAGGCAGUACACGUCCUUCAGCGCUAACAACAAGCACUCGUCUGCUCUCCUUCGGUUGCUGUACAUCCAUUCGUGUCUCAACCCGGCGAACCGCUCUCCGCAGAUCGGCUCUCUGCUGGUCCCCAUCUAUGCUGCGUUUGUGGAAGAAGUGGAUCCUGAGGAUGUCCCUCAUGUCGAGGCGGAUACGUUCUGGGUGUUCGAGUCCAUGGUCGGAGAGUUCUCAGAGCUGGAGGACGAGCAGAAUGGCACUGUCUGGGUUCAGAAGUUGAGCGACCGUUUGCGAUGGGCUGAUGACGAGCUUGCGGACGAUCUGGCUACCAAGGGGCUUGAUCCCGGACUCCCUCACUACUCCUUCCGUUGGCUGAUCCCACUGCUCACCCACACGUUACCGCUGCCUGCUGUGCUGAUGGUUUGGGAUGCCCUGUUCUCCCGUCCCAUGCGGCAGCGGGAUGAGAACCCAAAGCUGGAGUACCUUGUAGAUGUAUGCACUAGCAUGUUAGUGUCAGCACGAGGCACCCUACUGCAACUGGGUAGGGGACAUCGUAAGCAACAGUAUCUCUGGUCGGACGAGGUCACUGCUAUCCCAUCCACGGCCUUUGGCGAGAGAGAGCUCGAGGAGGCGUUCAUUGAGGGCAUGGCGUUCCUCCAGAAAUACCCUCUUGAUGCUGUGGGCGGCAUCGAGAAGGUGUUGCAGACAGCUUACGAUCUCGCUUCACAACGAGCAGCCACUGUCAGCCCCACGUCCAACGGCGCUGUCGGACUUGGAGCCCGCCUCCGAGACACGGUCUGGAAGAGCAUGUCGUCCAGCUUGGAGUCUCAUCCUGAGGAGGAGGAUGAGAGUGAAGAGGAGACAGACGAAGAGUAUGAUGAGAAUCCGACGCCUCAACCCCAGUCUAGCACAUUAUCUGCACGUCUAGCGAAUACCGUGUGGCGCGGCAUCACCAAUCAAAGCGCAGUGGAUGUUCCCUCCCAUUCACCCAGCCCAACCUCUUCACCUCUGCCAUCACCGGGUUUGGUGCCUUCUCUAUCAGCUCCCCCUGUCCCUCCGAAACAGACAGUCGUCGAUGCCGCUGCUCGUGGGAAGAACAUGUUCUGGGGCUACGCCGAGAAGCUCAAGGAUUCGGACGCUGCGGCGACUUUCGCUAAAGUGAGCACGAAUUGGAGGGUGAAAGCCCUCGACGCCUGGUCGAAGCCUCGGACCGAAGCCCCAGCCCCUCUGCCUAGCCCUCUACCGCCACCCGCUGCGUCUCAGUCUGCGCCCUCCCUUUCUUCCAUCGUGGAUCACGCUCGCAGCAUCUCCUUGACUGCCCUGACCCGCUCGUCACCUAAACCUCCCGAUGACAAGAGGGGAUCGUUGCCCCUCAACGCUCGGCCGGACAAUUACUCGCCCCCUCCCCGACCAGCUGUCUUCCGUCCGGUCAGAGAUAGCAUAUUCGUAGCCUCGCCCAUUAGUCGGAGCAAUGAACCAUCGCCUGUGUCCGAUUCUGGCUCUAUGGGGAGCCAAAGCCUCCGUGGAUCGCUAUCUUCGUCGUUCAAACUCCCCUCUGACAAGGCUGCUUCCCGCUCAAGCUCUGGCCCUCGACCUCUGCUACUGAACUCGUCAUCUCUUUUGACUGGAGCCUCCAGCCCUGCGAGUCCCGCACGGUCCCCCAUUUCGCCAUCUGCGGAGUCGAAAUGGGUGGAGUCAGUGCGCGCGAAGCGUUCCAUUGAUCACCGUGCAUCCCAGUCUUCGAUCUCUUCUCUUUCUCCUUCGGAAACCUUCCGCCCAAAGAGGGUGGGCACUCAAUCAGACUUUGACUCGGACUCCGGGAGCACCAGCAGGGUGGUGCCAAUAAACCGCAACAAAUCCCCUUCCCCAAUGGCACGAGUGUCCAGGCGGCCGCCAUCGAGAAGUUCAAUCAGUCCUCCGUCGCCACCCAAGACCCACCGUCGUCUCCCAACCGAAAGUUCGGCCCCCGAAGACAACGCGCACGGCGGCUGGGCUCGUGUGGAGCCUCUAGACUCGCCAACCACGAUCGCUUCCCCACCUCCCGGUACACCUGACGCGGCGACCACAUUGUUCGAUGACGUGCGUGUCAAACAGCCUGAGUCUCAGCGGCAACGAGGCUCCGUCGUGCUCCCUGAGAGCAACGACAUAACGUUAGCGAGUCCGGCUCCUGAGAGCAAGCUUGCACGUCGAUCAGCGACUAUCUCACGGGCUGCGCGCGAUGCAGAAGCUUCCGACUCCUCCGCGACGGAACCUGCUUCUAAGAACCCAAACCUCCGCAGGAAACGCUUCCCACCGCGCCUGCAGUCGCUGCGCAACUCGCGAAGUACGCCGGAGCCCGUGCCCGCUCUACCUACGCACUCGUACACUCUGGACGUGCCGGCGGAUGAUCACGAGGUGGAGAAUGCGACCACCCCGCGUGCGAACACCUUCGACGCGCAGAUGGUCAUGCCACCGUCUCCUCGGUCCAGGCGCACACGCAAGAUCUCAGGCGGGGAGGGAGAAGCACCUGCCCGAACCCGCAAGAUCUCCAACGAGGGUCGCACGCGUAAGCUAUCGAACGAGGGCAGGCGGAAAGUCUCUGCUGAGCGCGAUACGAAGCAGAAACGGGAGAGCGCCGCGGUCGAGGGUGACGACGAGGGCUAUAACGACUUGCUGAGCGCAUACGAGAGCGAAGACGCGGUGUAG